UCUCGCGACGUCAGUUUGUUUGCGGGUGCGCUCGCGAGAGGGCUUCGUUCUCGCGCGUUCCAAACCGUCACGAUCGCUGCGUCGGCCACGGAGGCUGCCUUCUUUUUUCGCCCAUAUUUCUUCGCGAGUGUGAUCGCUUUGGUUUGGAUUAACUAUGAGCAUCCACACGUUGCUGCAAGCUGCUGAAUACAUCGAACGGCGAGAGCGGGAAGCCGAGCAUGGCUAUGCGUCCACUAUGCCGAUUCCUGUCGAUCUCCCGAAGAAGAAGGCGAAGGCGAAGAAGACUCAAGGGAACAGAACCACUCAUAACGAGCUGGAGAAAAACAGGCGGGCCCACUUGCGCAACUGCCUGGAGAAGCUCAAAGAAAUGGUGCCGCUGGGACCUGAGGCGAACCGCCACACUACGCUAGGCCUGCUGAACAAGGCCAAAGUCUUCAUCAAGACGCUGGAGGAGAAGGACCGCAAGAGUCAGAUGGUGAAGGAGCAGCUGAUGCGCGAGCAGAGGUUUCUCAAGCGGCGGCUGCACCACCUGGACGGGUGCUCCUCCCCGCCCAGCCACAAGAGGCGCAGCGUGAGCGAAUGCAGCUCCGGUUCAUCGUCGUCGCGCUCGUCCACCUCGGAAACCGAUGAAGUGGACAUCAUGGGCUACAACAGCAACCAAAGUGACACGGACGACCACAGCAGUAUCCAGAGCAUGACCAGCGACGGCGGCAUGGCCAUUUCGACCAAGAGGCUCUGUCUAGCGGAGGAGCACACCGUCUAGGCCAUCGCUGCCCUCCCCUUCAUCCACACCGACGACUCCGGCCCGUUCCCCUUGGCACAAACCGACCUCCACCCCUGUGUGACCACGUUCUCGCUCUUCGUCUCUCUUUCACACCCGAGCACCAUGUGACAUGGAGGGCUCGCCCCCCCCCCCCCCCCCCAUACCUCUCCUCCUCCCUCCCACCACCUCCAGAACGCCAGCCGCAUGAUGCGCACCGUGUGGACUCCAGGACCAGCGGCUGGCGCAGCGCGCUCACAACCCCGUCCCCCUCCCAUGGCAAAGCCCUCGUUCGAAACCACCCUGCUAUAGCGUUACAGUGAACAGAGAGAUGUGUGUCCAGUAAUAACGCCGGUGCAGCGGUCUGUCCGAAGAGCCACCGCUGCGGAGCAAGCAAUAUACCGUUUCUACUGUUGAAGCCGGGGGCCUCGGUAGACAGCUAGCCACAGUUUCGCGCUUAUUUCCACGAUGCCUGUGCGAGAGGAGAGAGAGAAUGCGUGUCGGUGGGGGUCUCGGUUACGGCUUUCUCUUUUCUUUUUCUGUCCUGUUUCUUCGCGCGCCGUUUUUGCUUGUUUUCCUUUGUUCUCUUGCUGUUCCCUCCACGCAUUGCGCACACCCCUCCCACUCUGUUGCGUCCUUUCUGGCAAUGCAAUAUGUCAGCUGAGCAUCUCUGGCACAUCCGAAUUAAGCCUCCGUGUUGACCCACUUUUUUGGAUGGAAGAUAGGAAAGGAAAAAAAAAAUCCAUGGUUUCGAGCUGUGCUGAUUUUGAGGGGCGGCAGCAGUUUCCUUUCUCUCCUUUUCUAUAGUAAAUACAAACUAUUUAUUUGCAAUAUUUCGUCGUGAAAGGGCAUGCGUAUGUAUGUGCGUGUGUUUGUGUAGACUCACUCGUGCGCCUUUGUCCGAGCGUGUUUGUGUGUAUGUACGUCAAAUGUGUAUCUGUGCGAGUCUGGCGAGGGAGUCAUGCUUUCUUGUUUAGUCGAAAGAAACAAAAAAAAAACGUUCAUAUACGGACUUCAAAAUGUGAGCACCCCAGUGUUGCACACUCUCUAUAUUUUUAUUUAUUAUCUUUUGCGAUGUUAUUUUGGAGGGUACGCAGGUCAUAUGUCUUUUGCCUAAUAUUAUAUACAUCCUCGUGCGUGUGACUGAGUAUAUAUGUGUCCAAAGAGAAACAGGGUGAGAGUUGUUUAUAUGGUUGUGUGGACGAGGUCGAUCUGGCUUCUGCACGUGGGGCUUGCAGUGGUUUUUAUUUUUCCUGCACCUUCCGUCAGAGGCAUCUAGCGACGAUUUUAUUGUACAUUUUUCCUUGUUUUUAUUGUCGGCCUGGGGUUAGCACAUCUCGCUUUUUUUUUUUCCUCCAUCACCAUAUUCAUUGUAUAUUUUUUCUGUUCUACGCGCAAACACUAGAGGGUGACUUUGGCUGACACCCCGAGAAAGUGCCGGUUGAGCGCAAAAUGUGUCCUGCGAUCCUCCUUCAGGGCGUAUCGCGCUGUCACAACGAACAUCGGUUGUUUGCUCGUAGCGUGGGCAAUGUAAGGCUGACGCCAUUCGCUGUCAAAGCCGCAUCCACUGCUGCCCUUACGAUGAACCUCUGAAGUCUUCAUUCGAGCCGCUCUUACGGCCGUCGCAGCUGACGCCAUCUCCACGCUUACAUUGUGCUGUGGGCUUCAAAGGUGUCGUCGAAGAUGUAGUAAAUGAAUGUCAUCGGGCGUCUGGGUGAAGCCAGGUGCGUCCUGUGUCGUCCAUUCCCUAUAUUUUCGUCCUUGUGGUGGUGCUCUUACAAGUGAUGCGCAGCUUCGCGGUCGAGGAGCAGCAGUUGGCUUGAAGUUUCAUUAACGAUGUCUAUCCCCGUGAUUUUUUUUUCGUAUUAUAAAAAAAAGAAAACAACUUGGACAUCUUUUCGUUUGGCAGCGGUCGUGGUAGCAAGUCGGCGGUUGUGCUUUUCCGGGUGUCAUCCGGCGUCGCCGCUCGAGGAGACUUGUGUACCUUGCCGGUGAAAGAGCGUCGUGGUCUCGCUUUCCCGCGGAAACGUCAAGAGAAUGGCGGUUUGAUCAUUCACAUGCAUUUCUGGAGGCAGGUCUUGCAUCCGUCGCAAUGCGGGAUCAUUAGGGAACAACUGCAUUCUCGCGGGGUCGACUCCCGCUCGCCGCCCUGAGCGGCCAUCCGAGAAUCAGUAUUGCAGCGCCGAAACUGCGCGUCUGCCACCCAUGUACCUGGGACGCCUGGCGAGCGUCGCCGCCGCGGCGUGUAUGCACCUUCCCGUUGUGCGCUUUUGCCCAAUUGGAUUUCGCAGUGCUGCUUUCUUUCUUUUUGUUGCCGCGCUUCGAGAUGACUCCUCGCAUUUUCCCCAGUGAUCUUCCGGCGGCUUUCGGUCGCCGCAGGCCGGUGCGAGUCGCUUUGACUGGAGCGUCCUCCGAGGCAACGCUUUUCCAAUUUAUUUGGCCGCUGCCACCCAGCCGCACACGAGUCUUCUGCGAACAAAGUGUAGCGCACGUUCUCGUUAGUUUUUUUGUCUCUCCGGGUGUUCGUUCUUGCUUCCUUUUAUCCGUCCCACGGGCGCUUUCCCCACCCGUUGUCAUCAGCGAGUCGAGGCAGACGUUUUGACAAGUGUUGCCCAUCGGAAGGAUAUUUUUCUCUUCAGUGAAGCAGUCUAAUUUUUUUUUUUUUCGGUUGACUGUUUAAUUCGUUGGCGUAGUAUCGAAGGGCGCGUCCCAGUGAACGCUUUUUGCACGGCGCUCGAGACAUUCGGCUUGGCGUUUCAGAAAGCUCUUGCCCCCUCCGCCGUUUAGAAUCCCGAUGUCCUCGACAGCUUGUCUUGAUGCAGAAGCGCGUGCGAACGUAACCUAUGGGCAUUAUUCGCACCAAAUCCCAUACGCCGCCUCCGAGACGCCCGAACGUCCCGACGCCCAGCAGACAUUGUCAAGUGUUGCGCAUCCGUCAUUUCGUGCGACCCUGUGGUUUUGUUUUCGUUUUGUAGUUGUGUUGUCCCGGUUGUCAACCGACAAGUUUCCCGUCCAAAGGAGAAAAAAAAAGGUCAAAAAAAGAGGAAAAGAGAAAGGAAAGUUAUAAAAAAAACUUUUUUCGUGUGAAAGUGCAAAGACAAGCCUCUUAUUCCAGUCGACCAUGCGUCGGCAGGUUCUUGGACAGCCGGUUGGGAAGAACGAAAAAAAAAAAAGAAUCUCGGCCUCCCGGCCUUCAGUACAAAGUCCGCCUGCCCUCUCGCAUAGUGGUGAAUUUCCUCUUCGCCAGACACCCUCCUCGCAGCUACACGCGCAGCUGUGCUCUGCAGCCACAGCGGCCGUGUGAUUGGCAGGCGGUCUUCUCCGCUCUGUUGUGUCGCCUCGGUUGGCGCACGGGUCGGAGCGAGCAUGCGUGAGGUGCGCGCGUCGCUCCGUUCGCCGACGCCUUUUCCACAUUUCUUUCCAUGCCGUUGAGAUACUCCCGAGGAAGCGCUUUAGUAUGGCUGUUUGUGGUGUGGCGAACAGAAACGCAGAUUGGAAACGGUGGUUCGUUUUCGCGUCGCCAUUCAGGUCUCCGUGAUUCCUGCCUGUGCGCGAGCGAAGCCCGCCGAGUGCUGUGUGCCAACUGCGAUGCAGCAGGCUCCAGAAUCGUCUUGGACACUGUUUAUUUUUUCUUCUGUUUGGUAACUGGCCACAACGUACACCCCGUUGUGAGCAGAGGAGUGAGUAGCUUGCCCGUGUGUUGUGCUUGCGCGUGGUUUAGCGUGGUCUUGUGCUGUCCAAGCAGGCCCGUUGUACGAAGCCUUUGCAGGUGUGUUACUGCUGACUUGAUGCGAAGGUUUCCCUCAAGGAAUGUGACUAGGAGCGAAGCCCGCUUUGCUCGCGAAGGACCUUCUUUCGAGCCUUUUUCCUUAGCACCCAAGUUCCUUCGCGUUUUGCUGCUUUUCCGACGUGGCGCUGAGCCUAUUGCUGCGCUUUUAUUCUUUUAUCCGCUUGUCUUGGGCAAGGUCCAUGUUCUUUCCCCGCUAUUCUUAGGCUUGGCGAUUGCUUUGCAUGGUUUUUAUCAAUUGUCUGCUGCCAUGGCUUCUCUGACAUUCAAAACGAGUAGUAGUCAUUUUCCAAGGAUCUCGAGCACAGUUUUGCGAUGUUCCUGCAACAAAACAAAGUUAUGUACACACAAACUCCUUCCCUGUCCACCUCUUGCGUUUCCCCUUCCGCGCGCCCGUAUGCUGUGUGUUUAGAAUCUGACUGUAAUAAAUAUGUACAUAAAAUGGUAAUAUAAUAUAUAUAUACAUAAUAUAUAUGUAUAUAUAUAUACGUACAUAUAUAUAUAUAUAUUUAUAAUGAAUGUCUAUAGAAGCAACUGUGAGGCAAGUACAAUGAAAGAACGCGAGCGUCUGUUUUUUCUGUUUUUUUUUUUUAACCUGCUUUGUGAUGAGCAUCUCUGUGUUUUGGGUGAGCUCUCCCGACCCCACAAUCACGUUGUGCACGGGCGCAUGACGCCCGCCUUGGCCGCGCUUCGGGGGUCCCCCCUUCUCUAAAGAGUAGUGCGUCUUUCAGAAUCAACUUUCCUGUACAUACUUCAUGUGUCUAUACGAUGUUAUUCUGUUUCAUUUUUCCUAAAAUAAAACGUUAUUUCACGUA